CCUCAAACUUCAAUCCCUGCAAACUUCACGAGAGAAUGGCCUCCGUUUACUCCAACCUAACCUACUGGCUCGUGAACCACCCCAACAUUGCCGACUUUACAUGGACCGAAGGUGAAACCUUUGGCUCCACAGUCUUCUUCGUCUCCGUUGUAGUCUCCAUUUACCUCUCCGUCACAUUCAUCCUCCGAUAUGCCAUGGUUUCACUCCCCUCACUCGGUCCCCGCAUCCUCAAACCAAUCACAGCCGUCCACAGCCUCAGUGCCUGCCUUCUCUCCCUAAUCAUGGCUGUCGGUUGCACUCUCUCCAUAACCUCAGCCCCUUCCUUACAUGCGAUCUGUUUUCCAGUCGACGAGAAACCUAAAGGACCGCUUUUCUUCUGGGCUCAAGUCUUCUACCUCUCGAAGAUCCUCGAGUUUGGAGACACACUCCUCAUCAUACUUGGCAAAUCAUUCCAGCGACUCUCGUUCCUCCACGUGUACCACCACGCCACUGUGUUGAUCAUUUGCUUCAUCUGGCUCCGAACCCGCCAGUCCAUGUUUCCGGUCGGGGUCGUGACGAACUCAACGGUCCACGUCAUUAUGUAUGGCUACUACUUCAUGUGCGCCGUAGGAUGUAAGCCAAGGUGGAAGAGGCUUGUGACGGAUUUUCAGGUUGUGCAGUUUGUUUUCGGCUUUGGAAUAUUAGUUUUGAUGUUCUCGGAGCAUUAUUUCGGGUCGGGUUGCUCCGGGAUUUGGGGAAGUUAUUUCACCAGUGCGUUUAAUGCUUCUCUAUUGGCUCUCUUCUUCAACUUCCGUUCCAAGAACUAUGUGAAGAAGACGAAACCGGAGAUGAUUAAAUUGUCUUGA